AUGGACAGAUUUCUCGGUGAUCUUGAAAGUGUUCUCAAACAAGGGAGGCUGUCCGCUGCUGGAGCAGCGUUAGUUGCUUCAAAUGUUCUGGAUGCCCUGGAGUAUAUGCACUCGAAAGACUAUGCACACGCGGAUAUCAAGGCAUCUAAUCUGCUCCACGGGAAUAAAGUCGAAGAGGUCUACUUGGUGGACUUCGGCUUAGUGCACUUGUUCCGAAUCAGCGGUGUUCACUGUUCCGCGAAACCGGACCCUAAAUACCGUCAUAACGGCACACUGGAAUUCUGUUCUCUCGAUUCACAUCAAGACCCAAAACUGAGAGACAAUGUUCCGGAAUCAGUGAAAAAUCAGGUUGCUGCAAUCAAAGAGAAGUCGGUCAAAGAUUUGGGCACUCUUACCGCCGAAACCGGUUUCCGCGAUCACCCCGAUCUCGUUCAGUUCGCAACCGAAAUCCUUCAACUACGUUACGAUGAGUCACCGAAUUAUGCUUCCUUAAAACGUUGUCUUGCCGAUCUCCACAAAUCUUUGAGAUCUGGCGUCUCUCGGACAAGCACUCUAGUUACAAAACGGCCCAGUACGGAUCGCAGCGUGAUAGCCCUGGGAUCCACUGAAGAUAUUGCAAAGCAAACGAUCGGAAAAGAUGUCCCUGUCAAACGACCACGUGGGCGCGCCGCCGCAUCAAAACCGUCUACCAAGAAGUCAGCUACUGCUGCACCCGCCCCUGCCGAUUCGUCUCCUACUCCACCUGUGUCACGGCCAGCUGCUCGGGGUGCUGGAAGAUCAAAGUAA